CUUCUUAAAAAACAAAAAAGAAGGCCGUUUAACGGAGCAUACACACUGUUUCAAGUUUAAAUUUAAGAAAAACAAGAAUGGGUGAAACGACAUCAGGAGAGUUUAGACAAAACCCUCCCAAAACAUCUCUUCCUACAUCGUGCGACCUUUGAGUUUUCGAUCUCUCUCUUACCUCUUUGACAUCUCCAAAAGUUGAACGAUACGCGCUCCACCCAAAGUCCUAGAUAUCAAGAACAGUUUGAUUCCUACAAUGAGGAUGAAGAAUGCUUCUGUGCCGUACUCCAAGAGUGAAAGCGAUGGGAAUCAUGCCGAAAAGACUGCGGCAGAGCACAGCAGAACCCCAAAGUCCACUCAAGGAAAUCUCCAGGUCUUGCAGAUCAUGACGAAGGUAGAUGUAAAAGAAUUUCCAAAUAUGAAGAUGACUGUGAAGUCGUCACUACCAGACUUCCAAAAAUUGAUGAAGGCUGAGUUGACAGAUCAUAUGGAAAUCAUAGAAGAGUUCAGGAGAAAUUCUGCCUUUGGAACUUUCCUGGAUGUCCAACUUGUUACCCCUCCAGCCAUGUUAUGGCAGUUGAUGGUUAGGGAGGCCAAUGUGAGAGGUAAAGGAGCUCAUGAGAUGUGGUUUGUAGUAAAUAGAGUUCUUGUUAGAUACUCUCUAAUGGAAUUUUCUCUGAUUACUGGACUGAAGUGUUUAAAACUAGAAUCCCGAUAUGAUGAGAAGUAUGAUUCAAAUGCUCCACGCGUUUUUGUUGAAGAAAACUGGCCAAAAGGUGUGGUUUGUUACACUUCUGUAGUUCAGAGGUUCUCAAAACUAUGCCACCUUCUUAAAGAUGAAGAAAAGAAUGGUUCUGCAAGACAGUGGAUAGUGAAGGUGGCAAUAUUGAUGUUUCUUGUCCUUGUUUUGAUUGGACAUGCCAAGAAAGAUGUGCCCAUUCCAAAUUGGAUCAUCGCCAAAGUUGCCAACUCUGAUAAUUCAAUGGCUUUUCCCUGGGGGACAUGUGCGUUCAUGGAGUCCCUCCGUAUCCAAUCCAUGGGGAAGGAAUUAGUGGGAGAGAAGAAAAAGUUUUGUAAAGGCGGGAAAACAUCUAACACCCUCCACUACACUGGCUUUGUCCUCCCACCCGCCAGGGAAGUGAAAUACAUGCUCCUUGGAUUACCAGCUUUGGUCAGGGAACUCCAAAGUGGUGACAAGCCUGUUCAGAUAUGCGUGCAAAAAGAUGCACAUUCAGAAAGUGAAGAUGAAGAUGCUGCAAGAAGGAUUUCGACAUUGGAAGAAGUUGUUCAUUCUGCUAGCCAUGAGGGUGACGAGGGGAAUGAAGAUGCUCAUGAUGACAAGGAGAGAGUGGAGGAAGAAGAUGAUGACAAGGAGCAAGAGGGAGUGAAGGAAGAAGAUGAUGACAAAGAGGGAAUGAAGGAAGAAAAAGAUGAGUUUGAAUGAAAGAAAAAAGUCGACUCAUCAAGAGUAUCUGAGUGUAAUACACUAAUCCGUCCAGGUCAGCUGCUUUCGGACUAAAGUAUAAACUUGGUAAUCGUAAAAUUUAAAACAUUUCAAACAUCUUUAUUUUUCAUAAAUAAUAUUCAAUACACAACUGUAGAAGUACGAAGUGUUUAAUAAUACAGAAGUGAAUUU